UAGUGGAACAGGUGCUUUGCAUGCACAAGGUCUUGGGUUGAGUCUUCUUCAUCUUCUGUUAAAGGAUUUUAGCUAGCUAGGAAAAGGCUUCUGCCCAAGAGCAGCUGUCAGCCAGAGUAGGGCAAAGUGAGCCAGGGGUAUGACUUGGUAGAAGGCAGCUGCAUUGGUAUGUUCAGCAGAUAGAGCCUGGCCAUUGCACUCCCUUCUGAAGCGUAGUUGGUGAGGGCUGUCUUGCCAGUGCUAUGCAAUAUGCUAUGCUCUUCAUCCCUUGCUUGUUUCCUUGGGUGGACCACCUCACCCACAAUCCCAGGCUGCACUGGGUCACCUAGGCAGAAAGGGGAGGCAAUUUCUAUCAGGGCUAUGGGCCAUCCUCAUUUCCAGAUUCCUGCUUUAUUUCCUCUCUUUCAGGUCAUCCCAGAAAUCUGACCCAUGUUGCUCCAUGUCCUGGGGGACCCUCUGGGGGAAGAGCCCAAUGAGGCAAACUUGGUGCCAGGACCCCUUCCAGGACUUCAUCUCCCCACUGACAUUCUGGGGAAAGAGCUCAAUGAGGAAACCUCAAUGCUAGGAUCCCUUCCAGAACCUCGCGUCCCCACAGAUAUUCUGGAGGAAGAGCUCAAUGAGGAAACGUCGGUGCCAGGAUCCCUUCCAGAACCUCACGUCCCCACUGAUAUUCUGGAGCAAGAGCUCAAUGAGGAAAUGUCAGUGCCAAGAUCCCUUCCAGAACCUUGCAUCACCAAUGACAUUCUUGGGGAAGAGCCCAAUGAAGCAACCUUGGUGCCAGGACUCCUUCCAGGACUUCGUGUAUCCACUGACAUUCUGGGGAAAGAGCUCAAUGAAGCAAGCUCAGUGCCAGGAUCCCUUUCAGGACCUCGCAUUUCCACUGAUAUUCUGGAGGAAAUGCUCAAUGAGGAAACCUCAAUGCCAGGAUCUUUUCCAGGACCUCGCAUCCACACUGAUAUUCUGGAGGGAGAACUCAAUGAGGCAACUUCAGUGCCAGGAUCCCUUCCAGCUUCUCAUGGCCCUGCUGCAUGUCUCCGCCCCCCUGGGUCUGGUUCAUUAUUAUCUUCUGCCUCGCUGGAAGUUGGCUCCAUCCCACCCUCCACCUCUACCUCUUCUUUCCUCCUGCAUCCCUCUUCCCCUCCUCCUCCUUCCCCACAUCCUCUAGAGCUGGAACUCAGCAAUGUAAAAGAAACUCUGCAGAGUUUGAUGGAUUUGCAGUUCCAUCAUCUGAAUGACCGCCAAAGACACCUCCGCAUCUGCCAGGAAUGUUUGCAAAACCUCAAGGCACUGAGGGGAGAGCUCCGAAGACUGCAGAGCAGACUGGCAAGUGUGGAAGCCACUAUUGGGAUCCUGGUUCCUCCAAGGGAGCUGGAUGUUGAGGAGGAAAAAGAGAAAGACAAAAACUAGACAGUGCUUCAUACAUAGGUAGCAAUAAAAUGUUGCAUAUUUAUUUUAAAAUUAUUAAACAUUUGUUUUAAUAGGAUGGGAUGUAGAGAUAAAACAGCAAUAGAGCAUGCAUAUUUACUGCUUAAAAAUAAAAAGUU